ACACAUACCAAGUCUUAAGUUACUGAAGGCCCUAAUAUAAUCAAGUUUGUAACCUGACUUUUGGGUUGAUUUACCUUCUUGUCUUUUUUCCUUCUAAGAAUGUAAAACAAAAGGUUUUUAACAUUAAGCUAAGUCAAUUUAAAAGUGGGUCACUUCUUGGUUUCCUCCCCUUUUUUUGUAAAAUUUUAUGUGUUAAUAAAAGCAUACAGUGUAUGACAUUCUAAAAAUUUAGUUACAUAUAUUGCGUAUGUAUAUAUACUUAAAAUUAUGCCAGGGGUUCAUAUAACUUAAUUUAUGGAAACGUUACUGAGAGAAAGCGUUUAAGCCAAAAAAGAAAUGUUUUUUUGCAUAAAAUGAAAUUUAACAUUGUGAUUGACUUUACUAAGUUUCAAGUUUUACUAAGUUAACACAAAAAUUAGAUUUGAACUUUUUGUGUUUAUUUUGCAAAAGUUUUUACAAAUUAAGUAUGAUCCAUCAUUGAGUAUGGUAACUAUUGAAACCAAUGUCAGUAAAUCCUGAAAUGUAAAAUCUGACACUUUAAUGUUCCUCAAAAUGAGUAUAUUAUGAAAAGAUUUUAUUAUAUGAUAAUUUUUAACUGGCCAUGAUGAUACUUAAGAUAUCACACAGUCUUGAUUUUAAACCACGAAGGAAAAAAAUUAAAAAUUAUGUGAGGACAUUAAAGAGAUAUAUCGGUGAGGAUAGGUCCGGUUGUAAGGGGAUGGAGGAGACCGGCAAUUAAUACCUUAUAAAAAGGAAUUGAAUUUGCACUAAAUAUGUGAAAGUUAAUGUAUUUUGUAAUUUGAAUGAUACUGUACAGUUUCAGUUCCUUUGUUGCUCUCUUUUGUCUUUUUCCUGUUUUCAGGUACUAUAAUAAACUUUCAAGGAAUUUGUAGAAGACGUUAGCAAGUUUUUUCAAAUUCUACUGGAAGAUAUAACAUGGCAGUUAUUUUAAAUGAAAAACAAUCAGAUAAGUACCUCUUAUUAAUUAAUUUUAUAUUUAAAUGUGUACUAUACAUAAAGGCGAGACCAUUUUCAUUGUGUAAUGUAAUUUUUAAGUUAUUUUAACAAUUUUGAAACCACACCCUUUUUAAAUUUCCUUCUGUAUAAAAUUUGACAUGAUUAUGUCAUUGUACCACCAGUAAAAUCUUUGCUAAUUUUUCACAUCAGUAUUUUUCAUGACUACUCUGUCACAGUUAGUUUGGACAGCCAAAUGAUCAUGUCAUUUGAUUUUUUGACUGCUUAAUUCAUAAUGCAGUUACUUUAGUACGAAAAUUAACAUUCUAGUUGUAAAUCAUUUAGGAAAUUUCUUUACAUUAACAAUGGCAAUUGAUCACAUAUGAGAAAAAAGUAGAGGAUGAGACAUACUAGAGGAUUUAUUUGCAAAUAUAGAGAAAAAAAUGGCGGCACAAAUUAACUUAGAACUUGUUUCACUUUAUGCUAAAUUCGUGGAGCACAGGAUACAACAUCCUGGCUCCAUGAAUUAUCGGUCGUUUGGCCGAUGGCUAAAGCAGGGUGGGGUCGAGUGGACCAAUGAAGAAGACCCCACCGAAACAGCUCCCAACAUGGAAUUGAUGCAAGUAUGGACAAAAUUUUUACAGUACAGACUUAGACAUAGCGGGUCAAUGGACCUAGAAGUGUUUGGACGUUGGGUGCAUAAUGGCGGGGUUGAGUUUUGUGGUGGGCGACGGGAUCGUGGUAGAAGUAGCAGUCGUGGUUGGAGACGCGGUCGUGGUGGGAGACGCGGUCGUGGUGGGCCGUAUAAGCCACAAUAUUAAAAUGUAUUUUUAUUACUAACCCUUUGUAAAACGAGGUGCACUUUUUUUUAAUAAAAUAUCCUAAAUUUAAAAUGGGCCUAAAUAUUGCCAAAAUUCAAACAAUUGCUAAACUAUUUUUCAGGCUGAAUUUAAAAUAAAUACUUUGAAAAAAACAACAUUUUUUCCAUUGAAAAAAAUAAAUACUUUGAAAAAAACAACAUUUUUUCCAUUGAAAUUAACUAGAUAAACAAAUAUUUUGUCUACCUUGUUUUACGAAGGGUUAGAUGUUAUUAAAUUUGUUAAUUAUCUUAACUCUA